AUGCUGCCCUUACAUUCAAUCGAGGCGCCGGCCCCGUCCCAUACUGCCGACGAGAACGGGGAGUCCCGGCACCAGAAGCCCAAGACUCUGCCGUGCAAGUACUGCAGCAAGCGAUUCAGGCGUGUGGAGCACGUCCAGAGACAUGAGAGAACCCAUACCAAGGAAAAGCCAUUUUCUUGCAUCUGGGAUCGAUGUGGGAAAACUUUCGGACGACGCGACCUCCUUGUCCGCCAUGAGAAGCUUGUCCAUCUCAAUGAAGGCAGCAGCAACAAAGAAGGAGCCCGGCCUCGUAAACCGUCGUCGGCCGGCGCCCCCGCCGGUUCCUCCGAGAGCCAUGUUGACACCGAGAUGCUCGGCAUGCCGCAGCGGCCGACGCACACCAUCUUCAAACCCGAGCCCAUGCAACCCUCGGCGGUUUCAUCCCUGCCUCCAGACUCGCGCUUGGCAGCAAGAGCUCCCGCGUGUAAUUUAGAUCUCCUAUCAGACGCAGCAACCCAUCUGGCGUCGGGCGGCGAGGUCAACAAUAUGCAGCCGGCAAUGAUGCAAGGGCUUGCCCAAGCGCCAGCAGACCUGACUCCGGUCAAGAAUUAUCACGAAAGCAUGCCGUAUGGGGAACGAGAGAGGGAAUACGAUCAGGGCGUCAUGGCCGGGGGCUAUGUUCCACAGCCUCCGCCUCCUGCUUUUGACGACUACAGCCUCUUCUUAGACGACUUCGCAACGACAUCACACUUUCUACCGUCUCUCGAGGCUGAGCAGCCGUUUGGCAUGUGGUCACGACUGGGGGACAUGGGAGGGCGAGGGCCAUCGAAACCAGCUUCGGCAUUUCCUUCCAGGUUCCCAUCGCUACAGCCCGACCUGCGCGAUCAGUCUGAGGGAGGUUCUAGGAUGCAUGAAGACGGCGCCGCCAAGGCACCGAACUGGAGGAUAUCAGCCGCGGACCACUCGGCCAUUAAAACACGGCUUGACGAGUUCUCUUCUGUGCUUCCCAACGACUUUGUCUUUCCGUCACGCCAUACUCUGAAUAGGUUUCUGGAAGGCUACAUCAGUGGAUUUCAUGACCACCUGCCUUUCCUUCAUGUUCCUACGCUGUCACCAACCGAUAUAUCGCCAGAGUUGCUUCUUGCAGUCCUGGCUGUAGGCGCGCAGUACCGUUUCGAGACAAACAGAGGACACGCGCUGUGGUAUGCCGCGAAGGCCGUCGCUCUUGAGCAAAUUCGACGACGGCACAGUCACGAAGUUCACGGGCUACUUCCUACCCCUGCUGCCUACAGCCCGCAUUCCACCAGGCCAUCCCCAAGCUCUGGUUUCCGACACUCGUUUCCCUCUGUUCACCAGGAUCGCCCGAUGACCCAAGACACUCAUCGGGAGCCUUACUCACCGAACACGCCCCAGUCACGCCUUGAAACGAUACAAGCCCUCCUGCUUCUCUUCGCCGUCGGGUUAUGGGGCGCCAAAGCCAUCCUCCAUGAAGCCAUGUCUUUGCAAAGCUUGCUCGCACAUCUGGUCCGUGAAGAGGGCCUGCUGGCAGAACCAAACCAGCAAACCAUGGAUUGGGAAACUUGGGUCCGGAUUGAGGCAGGGACUCGGACUAAGCUCAUCGCGUUUUGCUUCUUCAACCUGUGUAGCAUCGCUUACAACACGCCUCCGCUACUCCUGACGUCCGAAGUGCACCUAUACUUGCCAAGCCCAUCUCGGCUGUGGAGGGCCGAGCCCGCGUGGCAGUGGCAAGAGGUUCGGCAAACAUGUCCCAAUAUCGAGAUCCCCGUCCAGCACGCCUUCUCAAGACUGCUAAAUCGACCACCGCAAGAACCGCUCGCGCCCAUUACGUCACUUGGAAACUACGUUCUCAUCCAUGCUUUAAUCCAACACAUAUUUCUACUCAAGCAAACAUCUUUUGCCAACAUCUCCCCGUUUGAUAUACAUAGGGGCUUAAAGGCAGACGACGUUGAGGAGGUCGGCCAGGCCCUGCGCGUCUGGAGCCUUGGGUAUGAGCAGCAAAUCGGACGAAAUCGUGCUGGCGAAGCGGGGCCACACCUUGCUCCGACAGAAGCCUUCCCCGGAAGCCCCGUUGCGUUCAACUCGACGGCUCUGCUGCGGCUCGCCUAUAUCCGGUUGAACACGGAUCUUAGUCCCAGCCGCAGCCUGGAAACUCGUGAUCAUGUCCUGAUAGCGUCGGCUUUCAGCAAUGCUCCGAUGCUCGUGCGAAGUCCACGACUUUGCCGCGCGGUAGUCCAAGCUAUUCACGCCUUGUCUAUGCUUGUCAAGAUGGGCGUCAACUACGUUGCCAGAACCAAGUCGCUCGAAUGGAGCAUGCAACAUUCUCUUUGCAACCUUGAGUGUGCCGUUCUUUUGUCCAAGUGGUUGAUGACACUUGCAUCGAUCGGCCCGGGCGAGCCGCCACCGACAGCCGAAGAACGGAACCUCCUGGCCUUGGUGGGCCGCAUGCUAGAUGAAACCGAAUUCGCUGUGCCAAUCGACCCAUCGCUGUCCGGGGCAGGUCACGACCAUCACCGGUCAAGGUCCAUGGACUCAUCUGCUUCAGACCCCACGAAGCUACGGCAACUCGCAUCUGCUGUGGUCAGGUUAUGGGCCGAAACCUUCAAGGGGGCCCACAUCUUUGAGAUUGUCCGCAUCAUGGCAGCCGGUCUAGAGGGGUAUGCUGACCUCAUAGAAAAGCCCAGAGACCGGACACCACUCAGGAGAAUUGUUCCGAACCAAGGACUUGGUUGA